GAGAAAGGGCCAACCAAAAGUUCAACCGCAGCUUGCACAUGCAGCAGCGGUACCUUACGACGUCGAUGCAUUGAUCAGCGUUAAGGGUCGGCCCUCUCGUCCACAGCCACAAGCGAGAAGCCAAUGAAAACCGAGGUCGUGUGCGUGUUGGGCUGCCACCAAAGCCAAAUACCUAAUCUUCGUAUGUCCUCGACUCCUCGUUAAGCACAGAAUAGAGCACAGACUGAGCGGAGGAUCAGAGUGGCAGCCUUUCAAGCGACACACGGCAUGAAUUCAACGGUACCUGGGGAAUGGUACCGAACCAAUGCAAUGCGAGAUUGUGUACUGUUUCCAGCAGCCUCAAGGUAAGAAGGAGCCCUGCAGAUUCGGAAGGAACAAGCGUGGGCUUGGCAAGGACAAAUGUAGAGAGUGGUCACGACUGCGAAACAGGCUUGAGGGGCGGGUAGGAGAAACGACAUCUGAGACAGAGACAGGAUGCCAGUUCCCGAAAGAUUGCAAGAAAGAGAUAACGAGAGCCAAAGAACAUGUCUUGUGGGUGGAACGGUCCUCAGAUCGGAGGCGCAUGGACUCUCUGGGCGCUAGUCAAGGCUCUGGUUCUGUCGAGCAGAGUCGGCGAUUGGAUUGGGCUGGUGUUGGAGGCCGGAGCUCAACGGUCAGAGCGAAGUUCGGACCACUUCAAUCGUCAUUUUGGGCAGGCGCGCCCACCACCAACUGCCCUCCCGCCGCAUGCCUUCUGAAUUCUGCGAACUUUUGUUAUCAUGGCCUGAAGCUCACGCACGCGAUCACCUUGCACCAUCUGACCUCUUGUCGAGUCUGCACCCACGUCACCACACCAUACCUCACGUCGCUAUAUGCUUCUCCGUAGCAAAGGCUCGCCGAACGGCUCACACGACUGACUUCGACAUGAUCUGGUAGCCCCUCCAGUCUUCAGCGACUCGUCCGAAAAGUUCGGCCCAG